CUCCAACAGCCCCUCCCUGCCCCUCCUUCCGCCUCCCCUCCCUCCCCGGUCGUGUCUCCUCUUUGUGUCACCCUUCUCCCCUGCCACUUUAGCUGGUCCUGCAGCCAGCCCAUAAAAUUGUCCGGCCACGAUGGCUAAUCCGCCCGGCCUUGCCUGGUCACUCCCGACCACGGCUGCCGUCCGGGGGAAGUUGAUUCCUGGCACGCUGGUCCCCUGGCCAUUACAUCUCUCUUUGGAUGCACGGAAGGUCCUCCUGGCAGAUCCCGACUUCUACGAAGUGUGUCUCAGCCUCAGCCUCUUGACCGAGCAGAGCGAGCGCGCCCGGAGGGACGAGCUUCUGUUGGCCGAGCAGGAACGCCUGGCCUUGGCCGAUCCCCGGGCAUUCAUUGGCUCGCUGCUCGAGGGCCGGGCACGACCGACCCCGAGCCUACAACGCAUCGCUCCUGUCCCACGCGUCGACUGGUCCCGCAUCACCGACCCAGCUCUGCGCCCCACCAAAGCCCAACUGACGGCCAUGGAUGCCCUUGGCCAGGAAGUGCACGAGGCCCCGCAUAGUCCAACGCAACUGGCCAAUUCGCUCUUUGCACCAUCCCUCAUCCAAGACUUGGACACGGUCGAAACCAUGACACGCUAUGCGCAGCGCGAUGCACCGGUCGCCGGGGCUGACCUGGCCGAUCGGCAUGUGGCCCUGCUUCAGAGCCUGGCUCCUCCACCCGAGCAUACUUGGAUCUCGCGGGAGAGCGGCCGCGAUGCGCAUCUUUUCCCGCCCGUCGCAACGGCAUCGGUCCCCCUACCGGCCCUCAUCCCGCCUGGCCCCCUGCCAGCCGCCCAUUUCGCCCCGCUGGCCGUCUCAAGCCCACCCCCAGUGACCAUCCCCCUCGAGCCGGCCGCGAUGCAGCCACAGCGGGCCCCCUCGGCCGAGCCUGAGAAACCCGGCCCCACCGGUUCCCCCGCACCCGGUGUCCCGAGCCCGUCUUUCGCCCCCCACCCUGGAUGGGCUGCUUCGCCGUUGGGGGAUUUGUCGCAACAUGCGGCUGUGGCGGACUUCCAACGCGAGGCGUCCCUUGUGGUCCAGCAGUCGGCCGGAUCGGUGGCCGAAUUGCUGCCGAAGCCUCACCAGUCCCUGCAAAAUGCCACCAGCUCGGCCAUGCUCAUGGCCCUGGCCAAGCUGACGCCCGAAAAUUACCCCGGCAUCCAACACAUCGUCAAUGCCUACCAGAUGAUCAACCAACGUCCGCCAUUGCCGAUCGCCGAGCUCUUCGAGUAUAUCGACGCCUCGGCGGCCGUUGUGUGCAGCCUUCCCGGCAGCAAGGUCAUCAACAAGUACAUUUCGCUGUUUUUCCAGCGCAAAGAGCGAAAGAAGGUCAACAACUCGCCCUUCUUGCGGAAUGAUUCCUACAAGGCUGCCUGGUCGGAUGAGGAGCAGAUGAUCCUCGAUCGCCUGCUCACCAUCUUCCCGGAAGAGGAAAUCCAGGCCACGCGCUUCAAGAAGAUUUCCCUUUCGACCGGGUGCUUCCGCAAUCCGAUGCAGAUCGCCAGCCGAUGCCAAAAGUACUUCAUCUCGCUGGCUCGGCGUGGGCUUCCGGUCCCUGGACGAAUGAACUUCCGCUUCGAUAAAUAUCUGCCAAAGAAGAACACCCGUGCCCGGAAUAUCCUGGAAAAGCAGCGGCGCCAAAGUCGCUCCCAAUCGAAAGGCAGCUCGAGCGAGUCAUCUUGGUCCUCGGAAGAUGACGAGUCCGACGCUGAGGACCUCUUUUCGGAGGAGCCUCCCAAGAUGCCGGCUGACUCGGCCCCCCCGACUCCCACCCGGCGAACCCCAGCCCGGCAACCAAAGGGACCCGCUGCCCGAGCAAAGUCUCCGCCCCCGGCCCCGGUCGAAACCACCAAACGCUCGGUCAGCCGAGCCUUCACAACAAUUUCCACUUCAUCAUCCUCAACACGAUCAGGUCGCACCGCUGAGCUGCCGCUGCAUUUGGGCUUUCGGUGCGACUCGUGUAACAUGGAACCCAUUGCUGGCAUACGGUGGGCGUGCCAGACGUGCCCCCAAGAUCUGUCUGUCGAUUUGUGUGACAAGUGCUUCCGUGCGGGAUUUGAAAAUGAAUACCAUGACUUUUCCCAUGCCUUUGAGGGGAUACGGGAGCCAGAGCUGGACACUGUAUACGAGUUGGACUCGUCCUCCCUGUCUUCGGAUCGUCCCCCUGCGGCCGCUCCAGCAACGGAACCGGCAAAGCGAGGUCGCAGGUCUGGAAGUGCCGGCGGUAGCGGUGACGAUGGCGGUGCCCGGGUGAGUGGCAAACGCGCUGCCCCAUCGAACAGCACCGGGCGCGGGGCUGGCCCGCGCAAACGCCACCAGCCUUCGAGCAAGCCCACGCCAACAUCCCCAAGCCGACCGCCAUCAGCGUCGUCCUCCUCGUCUUCCAUCAAUUAUCUCGAUCCGGCGUACAAUCCGUCGUAGAAUCACGCCGAUCGCAAACACCCGGCAGCCUUUGCACGCAUAAUGGCUUUCUUUUGUGAA